AUGAAGCAGGAAAUUCAAGCAUUGCUUGAUAAUAACACUUGGUUUUUGGUGGACUUGCCUGCUGGUAAGAGGGCCAUAAGAUGUAAGUGGGUGGUCAAGUAUAAUGCUAGGGGAGGGGGAGGGGGUAGAGAGAGUCACUAUGAUUACUCUCUUUUCACUAAGAAAGUUAAUGGCCACAUUAGGAUUAUCCUUAUGUAUGUGGAUGAUAUUUUGAUUAUUGGUUCUUCUGCCUCUCUUAUUCAGGAGGACACUAAGGCAUUACUUCAACAUCAUUUCAAGAUCAAGGACUUGGGGGAGAUGAAGUAUUUUCGUGGUCUUGAAAUAGCUAGAAGUAAAGCUGAGAUUUAUGUUUGUCAAAGGAAGUUUGCUUUAGAUUUAAUCUCAGACCUGGGUUUGGCAGGAUCUAAGCAUGCAAGUACACCUUUGGAAGUCAAUCAGAGACUCACUAGUAUGGCAUAUGACAAAGGCCUUGCAGUUGAUACUACAGAGAUAGAUGAGGCAAUAGAAGAUGCCACAAGUUAUCAGAAAUUGGUGGGCAAGCUUUUAUACCUCACAAUGACUAGGCCAGACAUAGCCUAUGCAAUACAAAACUUGAGCUAA